AUGGAGAGGUUUUACAAAAGGAAGGCGACAGUUGAUUUAUCAUCGCCUUCAAAACGAGGUGGAUCAGGUAGUGGCAGUACAAAUGAACUUGGUGAACUUGCUUCUUCUUUACCUACUGAAGUGAAAAGAUUAAAAGAAAGUGAUGCGGUGAACUUGUUAACUGAUGUUGAAUUGGCAAACCUCCCUUCGGAUCCAGGGCUUCGAAAACCGAUUAUGGAUUAUCAUCCAAAUGUUAGAAACCAAGUUCGAAGGGCAUAUUUGCAGAAUGGGCCGUGCCAGCCUAAAAUUCAUAAAUUUCCUAAUUCACGGAAAGGUAGAAAGUUCAAUCAUUCUUGGUUCAAAGCUCAUGAAUAUUGGCUAGAAUACAACAUAUCAAAAGAUAGAGUAUAUUGUUUAUGUUGUUACUUGUUUAAAUCAAGUGGUGCUAAUAACUUUGCUGAUGAAGGAUUUUGUACUUGGAGUAAGAAAUCAAGACUGCAGGUUCAUGUAGGAGAUAUAAAUAGUGCUCACAACAAAGCUCGGAAAGCCUGUGAAGACUUGUUAGAUGAAAAAGUACAUAUUGACACAGCACUUGUUAAACAAACAGAUGAAACUAGAAGGCAAUAUGGAAUUCGUUUGAGGGCUUCAAUACAAAUUGUCCGAAUACUUCUAAGACAGGGUCUUGCAUUUCGUGGGAAUGACGAAGGUGAUGAUUAUGCAAAUCGGGGUAAUUUUCUUGAGAUUUUAGCAUGGCUUGGUAACAUCAAUGUAGAAGAUUUGCAGCCUUAUAUUAUGGAAAAUGCACCGAAAAAUCUGAAAUUGACCUCUCCUGAUGUUCAAAAAGAUAUUACAAGUGCUUUUUCAUUUGAAAUAAUUGCUGCAAUUAUUCGAGACAUUGGUGAUUCAUUCUUUUCAAUUCUGGUUGAUGAGUCUAAAGAUAUUUCGUCAAAGGAACAAAUGGCUAUCGUUUUACGGUAUGUGAAAGAAGGACGUGUUAUUGAGCGCUUUGUUGGGAUUGAACACGUAGCUACUACCACUGCCCUCUCACUCAAGAAAACAAUCGCUAAUUUCUUUUCGAGGCAUAAUUUAAGUUUUUCCCAGUUGCGAGGACAAGGUUAUGAUGGGGCUAACAACAUGAAAGGUGAGUAUAAUGGUCUUAAGAAGCUUAUUUUGGAUGAAAAUGAGUCUGCAUAUUUUAUUCAUUGCUUUGCUCAUCAAUUACAGUUAGCUGUUGUAAAUGUAGCGAAAAAAGAUCCAGAAAUCAAGGAUUUGUUUUCAUUAGUUACUUGUGUGACUAAUGUUGUUGGAGGAUCACCUAAACGCCUUGAAAUACUUCGAAAAAUAAAAGGUGCUGAAAUUUCUGAAGCUCUUAGCAACAAUGAACUUGAAACUGGGCGAGGAGUAAACCAAGAGUCGAACCUCAAGCAUGCUGCGGAUACAAGGUGGGGUUCGCACCAAAAUACUUUAAUUAGCUUGAUUAAUUUGUAUUCAGCUGUGAUGGGUGUACUUAGAUCAGUUUCAAAAGAUAAAACUUCUGAUAAGAGAUUUGAAGCUAGAGGUAUUUUGGUUCAUAUGAAGUUAUAUAAUUUUGCUUUCGUCUUCAUUUGA